AUGAAAACAUAUGAACAUUUGUAUCACUUAAAAAAAUGUAACCAUUCCAAUGACCGAGUCAAACCUUUAAUGUACAAAGUAUAUAUGCUCAUCCAUAGUUUGAAACCUAGCUUAAAAUAUUAUGGAUACUGUAAAAUAUAUUUUUUAAAAACCUCAGAUAAGGGGAAAAAGAUCAGAGUAUAUUUUAACGACAAAUAUAUUAAAAUUUUGAAAUUUUAUCUUAUUUAUUCAUUGAAGUAUGUAGAUGAAAUAAAGGAUAAGUAUAUAGAAAAAGGAGACAGUUGUUUUUAUACUAUUUUUUCCAAAUAUUUGAAUUUAAAAGGAUUAUAUAUACUUAUAAUUUAUUUUUAUUAUGAAUGUGUGGAGGAAAGAAUAGAAGGCAUAUAUGUUUCCGAGUCUAAACAAAAUUUAAAUGAAAAAAUAAAAUUAAUUACUACUGAUAUAGAUGAUCUUAAAAAAAAAAAGAAAAAAAAAAGGGAUAUACAAAAAUUCCCAAAUUUUAAAACCACGCAAAACCAUUUUUAUUUUCGAAGAAAUAAUAAACUAGUACAAUUUAAGUUUAAUGAAUUGAAAUUUAAGGAUAACAAUAAUUAUAAUUACAUAAACACAUUUUGUGAAUUAUUUUAUCUUCCUACAAUAUUCCCAUGUCUAAAUUAUAACAUCCAUAAAAUAAAAUUUAAAUUGUAUGUAUCAUUUCAAGUGACUUUAAAUAAUAAAACCAAAUGUGAUGAAAAAUAUUUUAAUUUGAGCUUAACAAAUUUAAGUAAAUUUUGCAAAAAUAAUACGAAGAAAAAAUACACCAUUGAUAUUAUAAAUCCCCCGCAUUUGGUCAUAAGUAACAGCAAAUUAAAAAAAGUCUACUAUAGUAAUAAAAAAAUAUGGAGAAAAUAUUUUUGUUUUUCUUUACAAAAAAAGGGUCACUCACAGAAUUGUGAUAAGACAGUAGCAUUACCUUCUCAUGUGAUACAUGAUAUUUUUCCAAAUGUGAAAAAAAUAAAAAAAAAGCCAAAAAAACGAAAAAAAAAAAUAAUAUCCAAAAUAAAAUAUUCAUUAUGUCUACAUAACAAUAAUAAUCAUACCAUUGAACAUAGAAUAAAUAAAAAAGAGAAAGGAUAUAUAACCUAUGAAUUUUUUAGAACAAAAAAUAAAAUUUUAAAUUAUACCUUUUGUUUAUUUGUGGGCUUAUAUAAUAAAGUAGAUUUAAAAAUUAAAGGAAUACCUAUUUGUAUAUAUAUUGAAAAAAAUGAUAAAAAUAAACAAAAUGAAUAUUGUUUUUUUAUAAAUAUAUUGAAAAGUAUAUUACCAAUACUUAUGGAAAUAAAUAUUUGUUUAAAAAAAAAGAUAAUAGACAAUAAAUUUUUACAAUUUAUAAUUUUAAAUAAAUAUAAAUAUGUCGGCGAAGAAAAUCACAAUUGUCUUACAUUCCUAUCCACAUUUAUUAAGAUAAAUGGAAGUAAUAAUAAUUUUUAUAAAAUCUUAUCAAUCAUAAAAAUUAUUGUCCAUGAGAUUUUUCAUGUACUAUGGGGUAAUUGCAUAUACAUUAAGGAUGAAAAAUAUUUAUGGUGUAAAGAAGGACUAAUUAGACUUUAUGAAUUAAUAUAUGCUAAAUUAAUUUUUAAAAAAAUAAGAAAAAAUAUAUAUAAACAUACAUAUAUAAACUACUCUAAGUCAUUGCUACAAAUUUAUGACAUCCUUCAAUAUUAUUUUUAUGUUAUUAUUAUAGACACACUCAAUAUAUAUAAUCACACCUUACAACUUUCAAAUAGCGGUGUAUAUAAAAAUAAUAAAAAAACGAUAGGUAAUAAUUGCAGCCCAAGUCAUAAAUAUGACAUAAACAGUUUAAAAAAAAAUACAUUUUACGAAAGAGAAAUUCAUCAUUUUUAUAACCCUCUUACAUACAAUAAAGGAAUGAAUAUUUUUAAAAUUAUUACUAUCUUAUGCACACCAUAUUUUGGCAUAAUCAUGAAAUUGUUAUAUUAUAAUUUUUACAACCAUUCUAUAAGCAAGAAAAAAAUUUUUACAUUUAUUAAUUUUUUUUUUUUCAUUUUUCGUAUUAAGCCAUUUUUUUUUAAUCAUAAGAAGGAAGGAAUAAAGAGGAUAGGUAAUAAAAAUAAAAGAGUAAACAAUUUCUUUCAAUCAUGCACACCAGUUUAUAAAAAUAAACUAUCUCAAAAUUUUAAAAUUAAAAUAAAAUCCAGGAGAAAUUUACAGAGAUAUAAUAAUAAAUAUGUCUUUACCCAGAAUUUCUAUUCACCAUUUUUAAAAUUGUCUUUUAAAAAGUAUUAUAAAAUUUAUUGCAAUCAAGUUAGUAAAUUUCAUUUAAGUUACAAGGAUGUUUCUGUAAAAAAAGGUGAUACAAUAUUUGAGGGCAUUAAGAUUGUGAGACAAAAAGAGAAAUUAUAUUUUACUACUUUAAAUAUUAAGUAUAUAAAAAAAAAUAUAAACAUGAGGUAUAUAAAAAAAAAUAAAUGUUUAAACAACAUUUUAAAGAACUAUAUAAAUACAGUUGGUCCUCCAAAGUUAUUUAUAAAAUAUAUUAAGAAUAAAAAUAAAUUAUUAAUUCAUCAAAAGCAUUAUUAUUAUGAUAAUUAUGCUCAAAAAAUUAAAGAAACAAAUAAUUUAUUUAAAAUACCAUUUAUUUUUAAAUUUAAUAAUAAAUCUUAUAAAAUACUAAUCACAAAAAAGUCAACUUUAGUAGACCUAUAUUUAUUGGGGAAUGAAAAUAAUGAGGAAUACAAAACGACAACUAUAAAUGUAGACCAUAAAAAUAAAGAAAAUUUUCUCAAUAUAUAUUUUAAGAAUAAUUGUUAUUUUUCUUAUCAUUUUGUUGAUAUAAACUCUUUUAGUCUUAUAAUAAAUUCUAUCAAAAAUGAUAAAUGCUCCGAAAAUGAUAUAUUUUAUAUUUUUAUAAAUAUAAUACUGCACCUUUUAGUCCGUAUUAAAUCAUUGCAACAUGCCAAAUAUUUAAAUUCCUUGGUGUGUAAACAAAUACUUAUGGUGUAUGAAGCGCUUAAAACUAAGGCCAAGAGAUACAACAAAAUCCGCAAUAUUACUGCCAUUUUUUGCAUUGAAUUUUUCAAAUGUUAUAUCCACUUUAGUCAAUAUUUUAGGGAUAUAGAAAACCACAAAUUAAAAUUAGAAAUAAGAAAAGAAUUAAAAAAUAGCAAAUUUAUUGGUGAAAUUGAUAAAGAUGUUGAAUUUUUAUUUCAAGAUUUUAUAAAUUAUUUAUCAAAAAUUUUUUAUUUAUUUAAAGAAUCAAUAAGUUUAUUACAAUAA